AUAGUAGUCUAGUCAAUCACAGCAUCAGUCUAGUCAAGGAGCUGAGACAAAACAGAUGGUAAAGAUCCACUACACAAUAAACACCAACUGAGACAAUGAUGAUCUGAUAAAGGGUCACAACCAUUAAUUUGAUGGACGUAAGACUUGUAGUAUUUCUGAGCACAAUUAUACACAGCAUAACUUAAUAAUAGGCGGCAAAACCAUCAAGAAUAGGAAGUAAAACCUAUAAGGCUGGCAGAGUGUUGUCGGGUUUUGUAUCAAAACAGCAGGAAUUGUAAUUAAAAGACCUAUGAAUAUAAAAAGAAGUAAACAACAGGUUGUCUAGUCAGCAAUCACAUUGAAAUACAACCUUCUAACUGUUAAGAAUAAUUAAUUUUGAGAUGCCACUAAUAGAGAUAAUAAAGCUCAUUAGAGUUCUACUGAUUUGCUUUCUGGCUGGCUUCAGCACUGGUAAGACUGACCAUUCAAUUAUAGAUUUCCUUACAUUGCUGCAUGUUUCAUAAAGCACAAUAUUCAGUGAGUGUGGAGAGACCAUGUCCAAUGGAAACAGUCACUUUCACUUGCACUGCUGCUGGAGAUUCCUUGAGAUGGGUACUGUCAGAUGUUACUGACAUCGAUAUCCUCUCCUCCUUGGGUCUCAAUGUACCACUAAUGCAGUCAGGUUACACUGUGACACUGAUUGCAUUCAAUGACACUACAUUAUACGUCUACUCUGUCAAGAACAUCAGAGAAUGGGAUCACUGUGUCCUGUGUGGACCCAUCUACAACUAUAGGAUCUUCAACGAUCCAAUUGGUUGAUCCACCAGGACCACCUUCCACCAUCAGACACUCCAUUCUGAGCAGCUCUGCCAAUAAAGUCAAUGUAUCUGUGCAGUGGGACCCUUCUACUGAGACUGGUGGCAGAGAUGACCUCACCUACACAGUGACCAUCUCACCUCCGACCCAGCUCUCUGCUACUGUCCUCACAUCCACCUCUGUCCCUGUGACUGCUCAAUACAAUGUGGACUACACUGUCAGUGUUGUGGCUACCAACUGUGCUGGGAACAGUGCCACUGCUGAGUACAGGUUUAGGAUUGGCGGUUGUUCUGUUUUGACCAACCCCAUGAAUGGAGAAUUUGGACCAGUCAUUAGCAGAUUGCCAGGAUCCACAGUAACUAUCCAGUGUGACGCUGGGUAUGUGUCUCCUAUUACAAUGGUCACAUGUGAGGGCAGCACAUUGAUAUGGAUUCCAGACCCUGAGGCUAUUGUGUGUACAAUACCUACUAGUACUCCCACAACUCCCCCUCCGGAUCCAAUGAGCUGCACAGCUCCACUACCACCACCAUGGAAUGGCACCAUCAUUGGUGAACAUUCAGUACCAGCUAUUCCCGGUACACAAGUGACCUUCAAGUGUGACGACGGACUGUUCCUUGAGGGCAUAAUGACUGCUACCUGUCUAGCUACAGGAGAGUGGGGCAGAAACACAGAAAAGAUCGUCUGCAAAGCUGCUUGUAAUUGUAAUUCCGCCAGCCUAUCUGAUGGGAGUCGAUUUGAUGCAGCUGUCUCCAUCAGCGUGGUUGUCACAGCAAUUGUAUUCACAGUCAUUGGAUUGUUGAUGGGACUCUUAAUAAUGUAUUUGUUCAUGCAUAAGAAGGCAGUGUACACUCUAGCAGCUAAAGAGCAAGCUAACGUUGGACCCAUUGCACCUGCUGGUCCUGUUUAUGAGGAGGUGUCACCCAAAGAGAAUAUUGAACUGAACACUAACCAGGCGUACGGACCAGUAGGAUUGUGAAACUUCUGUUAAUUCUCAUCAACAGUUAAUUAAUGUAGAUGUACAUGUAGACAAUUAAUAUAGCACUACAUCCAUUCAUUAUCAACUAUACAAUGUAAACGAUAAUUAUACAUGUUUUGUAUCAAAAGAAGUA